AUGUUGCUCCACGGUGCCGAGGUGACUCCCCCGGAGACUGCCCCUGCCUCGCCUCCAGCAGAGCAGGAACAGCGUCGGCCUCUUGUGCCUCCUAGCGCGAGGAGAAUUGUUUUCGGUCGAACUUCGUCCGAGAGCUCCUCUUCCGAGUCAGACCCCGAUCUGCCUUACGACCCAGGAUACGGCCGAGAUGCCGACUGGCAAAAGACCAUUGCCAAGGUUGCCGACAGCGUCGUCUCCAUCCAUUACACUCGGCCCUUGUCCUUUGACACAGAUUCGACCCACACGAGCCAGGCCACAGGCUUCAUCGUCGAUGCCGAACGAGGAUAUGUCCUGACCAAUCGUCACGUCGUGGGUUCCGGACCCUUCUGGGGUCACAUUAUCUUCAACAACAAGGAGGAGGCAGACGCUCGCCCUAUCUAUCGCGACCCGAUCCACGAUUUUGGGAUCUUGCGUUUUGAUCCCAAGACAGUCAAGUACAUGAAGCUGGCAGCUCUAGACCUCCACCCGGAGAGGGCCAGAGUUGGCGUUGAAAUAAAGGUGAUUGGCAACGACGGGGGGGAGACCCUCGGGAUCCUCUCCGGCUUCAUCAGCCGCCUCGAUCGGAACGCCCCCAACUACCAAGGUUUUUACCAAGACUUCAAUACUGCCUACUACCAGGCGAAUGCGGCAGCAAGCGGGGGAAGUUCUGGAAGUCCCGUUGUCAACGUCAAUGGUCAAGUCAUUGCGCUGCAGGCAGGUAGUCGCUCCGACGGCGCUUCGACAGACUACUUCUUGCCCCUUCACGAGCCCCUGCGUGCUCUGGGCGAACUCCAAGCGGGAAGAAUCCCCAAGAGAGGCGAUAUCCAAACCUGCUUUAGGCUCCAGACAUUCGACGAGUGUCGCCGCUUGGGACUAACUGCAGAUUGGGAGUCCCAUGUGCGAGAGCAGUUCCCCAAGCAGACGAGCAUGCUCUUUGUGCGAGACGCGCUGCCUGAAGGCCCCGCAGAUGAAAAGCUCAAAGAGGGCGACAUACUUCUCAAGAUCAACGGCACCCUCGUGGUGGAUUUCCUAGUGCUUGACAAUACGCUCAACGACAACGUUGGCAAGGUGGUCAAGUUCCAUGUGCUGCGUGCUGGAAAAGAGGUGCAUGAGGAGAUUGUCGUUGACGACUUGGAGAAAACGACACCCACCCGCUUCCUCUCCGUCGCCGGAGGAUGCUUCCACGACCUGUCGUACCUGAUGGCACACAGAUAUGUGGUCCGAUGCAAGGGCGUCUACGUCAGCGAGACCGGGCUCGUCAAUAUUGGCGGUAGAAAUGGCUGGUUAAUCGAGCGCAUGGCCAACAAGCCGACUCCCGACUUGGACACAUUUGUUUCUGUGAUGAAGAAGAUCCCUGAUCGAACACGGGUCCCUAUUGCAUUCCGAGAUCUUGGUGAAAUGAACAGACUGAGAACUAACGUAAUCACAGUCAACAGGCAUUGGGCCGCCAAGAUGAAGAUGGUCACCCGCAACGAUACAACAGGAACAUGGGACUUUGAGACCAUUGCGGAAGCUCUCCCACCGGCGCCUCCCGUGCCUUGCCGAGCAUCAUUCCCCAUGCCAGAGUAUGUGCCUAACCAGUUGAUUGCCAAUAUGGCGCGAAGUUGGGUUCAAGUUACAUCAAUCCUCCCCUUCUACGUUGAUGCUGUCAUCGGCCACAGAAACACGGGCAUGGGUUUAGUGAUUGACGCCGCCCAAGGCCUUGUCUUGAUUUCGCGUGCCUUGGUCCCGCACAUCAUGUGCGAUUUGGAAAUUGUCGUUGCGCAAUCUAUCAUGGUUGAGGGCAAGGUGCGCUUCGUCCACCCGUCACAUAAUUACUGUGUUGUCCAGUACGACGCCAAGCUCGUGGAUGCGCCAGUUCUCAGUGCGGUCUUCAGCAACGAGAAGAUUACUCAAGGCCAUCCCACCUACUUUGUAGGGCAUAAUGAAAGCCAAAAGAUGUUGUAUUCGUCAACUACAGUGACAAGAAGGCACCUGUCCUCGCUCCAUCCGACUAAGAGUCCCCGGUACAGGCCUAUCAAUGUCGACUUCAUUGGUGUCGAAUCCCGCCUCGGUAAAACUAGCACCAGUGGCGUCCUACUGUCAGACAAGGGCGAGGUCCAAGCAGUGUGGUUAACCUGGGAUAUGGAUACCGGGUGCUACCCUUUUGGCAUCGGCGCGGACAUCAUGACGCCAGUGAUCGACCUCAUCCGUCGAGGCCAUAUCCCCUCUCUCCGUAUCAUCCCCGCCGAGUUUGAGGUCAUCACCAUGUACAAUGCCCGUAUCUACGGCGUGCCCUCUGAGUGGAUUGAGAGGGUCGAGGCUCUCAACGGCCCUCAUCAGCUGUUCGGCGCCAAGAGAGUGAUUGGCGUCAGCGAUCCCUGUAUCCAUGAGGCGGACAUUUUGCUCACCAUGAAUGGUGAAUUGAUUACACAGGCCAACCAACUCGACAUGGCACACUGGCACACCGGAAUUGACGUGGAGGUUGUCAGAAACGGCGAGUAUAUGAGCUUCCGGAUUAGCACGCUUGCGGCGGAAGACCUAGAGACGAGCCACUUCGUUAGUUUCUGUGGAAUGAUGGUCCAGAAGCCGCAGCUGGCUGUCAGGCAGGUUCUCAGACAGAUUCCAAGCGAGAUCUUCGUUGCAACUAAGUAUUACGGAUCUCCAUCUUGCUUCUACGGCAUGCAGACCGCCAAUUUUAUCACCCACAUCAACGAGGAGAAGAUAACCUCCCUUGAGAAGAUCCUUGAAGUGAUCAAUGCCAUUCCCGACAACACAUACUUCCAGAUCCGCGCCGUUUCCUGGCAUGAAAUUCCGUUUGUCAUCACCAUGAAGAAGAACGAACUCUACUACCCGACGUGGGAGUGGCUCAGGGACCCUGCCGCCCCUGGCGGCUGGAUGCGCAAGACGUAUGAAAAUGGCAAGGUUACUAUCGGCGAGGGCCAUGGCGGGAUAGUGGUUUAG